AUAUUUUGCACUACACGUUGAUCCGCUUUCUCACUUUUGCAGUACUCCGGAUUAUCCCGGAUUGCAUUCGCCGCCUCAUAGUUGGUAAUUUAUCACGUUUCUUCCACAACCGGGACUGCUAGACGACUGGCCGCAUCCGCACGGUGAAUAGCGGCAUCGGUGCGAACGGCGAUCUCAGUGAUGGACCAAGCCGAGAUUGAGAGGCUUCGGACCGCUUCGUUUGACGAUGUCACCAAGAUCUUGCGCGAAUAUAACGAAAAGAAUGCUCAGGUCUUCAAGUUCCCCGGAUUUGAAGUUGCACUGAGAAAGAGCCUGGUAUCGACGCUGAUCACGCUCCUGGAACAGCCGGCGGGCGAGAACUGCCACCUGGCGUGCUUGGAGACGCUGCGCGUCCUGAGCCGUGACAAGGACCAUCUGGAAGAGGUGUUCACCCCCGAGGUGCUGGCCUCGCUCGCUCACACGGCCGAGCUCACCGUCGAAGAGGAAGACGUCAUCUGCGAGGGCUUCAAGGAGGACAAGGCCAAGGUAAUUGUGGAGGCCCAGAAGGCUCUCUGCAACCUGAUCUACAACAGUCCUGUGGUGCAGCGAACAUGCAGCAGUAACGGGUGCGUGGAAGGGGUCAUGCUUCGGCUGAAGCUUUACGGCAGUCCCAGCUUACCACAUGACGUCAAGUUCUUCGACAUGCGGAUGCUUUUCCUUCUGACGGCCUUGUGUGCGGACACCAGGCCACGCGUGCGUACGGAGCAGCAUGGCCUGGUCUACUUGCGCGAGACGCUGGACCUGAUCCUGAAGCUGUGCGAGGAGCGCUCCCAGCAGGAGCCAAGGACUACUCCGUCGCGGAGGGGGCGCCUCAGCCGCAGAGGCCGCACCCGGGCCCCGGAGCCGUCUUCCGACAUGGAUCUCGGGACGGCUCCGCUGUUGAACGCCGACGAGGCGGCCCUGGCUUCCGAGGUGCUCAAGGUGCUCUACAACCUCACCUGCGGCGUGGACAAGUUCCAUGUGGACGAGGAGGAAGAGGUACAUUUCCAGCGUUUGGUGGGCAUUUUGCACGACCUGCUUCUAUGUGAUGUCGCUGACCCGGAGAGCAAAGACCAGCUGUGCGGCCAAGUGGUCCACCUCCUCUCCAAUAUGCCCCGAUCGACGUACGAAGAGCUCCUCACGGAGGUGAUUCCGGGGUCGGCUCCGAUGGAUCCUCCGGAGGAGCAGUUUGAAGGAUUCAGCACGGAGGCCGUCUCGGCGUUAGUGGGCUACCUCGAACGCAGGCUCAAGGAAGAGGAGCAGAGCCCAAAGGGGCCCGGCGGUCACCGUACCUGCCCCAAGGACCAAUCACAACGCCUCAGCCCCAUCCUGCUCUGCCUGACGGAAUGCGCCCGGGGACACCGCACGCUGCGACGAUACCUGCGCUCCAGGGUGCUGCCACCACUGAGUGACGUAAUGACUCGGCCCGAAGAAGGAGACAAGCUACGCAACAGGCUUGUACGUCUCAUGACCUCUUCUGCCACGGAUGUCAAGAACCUGACGGCAGAUUUCCUCUUUGUCCUCUGCAAAGAGAAAGUUGGGCGCAUGGUGAAGUACACGGGCUACGGCAACGCAGCGGGGCUCUUGGCCAGGCGAGGCCUCUUGCUGGGGGGACCCACGAGCGACUGCUCUUACUCCAGCGACUCGGAGGACAGUGACACCGAGGAGUACGCCAAGUACAAGGACAGGAUCAACCCUGUGGUGGGCUGCUACGAAGAGCCCGGAGUCAGUGCCCUGGAGGGAAUGAGCGAAGAACAGAAGGAGCAUGAGGCUCUGCAGCUGGCCACCCUGAUGGACAAGCUCGCCAGGGGAGGCGUGGUGCAGCCAGCACGCGUCGGGGCCGAUGGACGCCCAUAUCCCAUCGAGCACGUGCUUCAGCUCCAGGAAGGUUUGCCCCACGACAGGGAUUUCACAGAGUCUGAGUCAGACUAGUCCGAGGAAUCCGCCACAGCGGUACGGUCUGUCAGUACGAUUGAAAUGCUGGUCUUCGUACCGUCCCAUUGGACGCGGCCAAAGCUAUACUGGCUAGCGAAGAUCGGCGGAACGCUCCGCCGCAAAAUUGUGGGUCCAUUUUUGUUCCUAGAGACACCCAGAAGAAGCUCGCUCCGGACAAGAAAAUGCAGCAUCAUACUUUUACCAUAAUAUAGAAUUUUGCAUAGUUUCAAUCAAGCUCGCAAAUUUUCACAAGUGCUGCGACAUUCGAUGUGCGGGGUUUUCUCCAGAUGAAAGUAGUGGCGUCGAGCUUCUUUGGAGUUUAUCCUCCCAUCAAAUGCGGAGAGAGGGCGUAUUGCUUACAUGCACUUGAUAGGGAAAGGUCGAGGGGGGAGUAUAUGGCGGCACAAUUAAUUUUUACUUCAAGAAGAAACAAAAAACUACUGCUUUUUCGAGUAUUGAGGGUUACGAUCGGGAAAAACUGCUAAGUUGCCCGCGCGCCUUACUUUGGUUUGCUGGGCUAAAGAUCGAGAGGAGGUAAGUUCAAGGGCCAAGCACCUUCGUUGAUUCGGGAACGAUAUGAAGGCCGCAGUCUGCUGGUAGUACAUCGAGGCACGUCUACUUUAGUGCAGCUGCGCGGAUCUUGAAGUCGACCAGAGCUGCGAGAAACGUGGGUUCUUUGAUGGUACGAAGGACCAAGGCAGGCACAGGGUUAAGACUGUCCCAAGUUUCAUGCCCCUCUUCUCGUUUUGUCAUCUCAUCUCUUGACAUUUGUGGAGAGUGACUUUCUUUGACGGAAGGAGUGUCCUUGUAAGAUAUCAUUUUGGUUUGAGGGCUGGCAGCUACUACGUCUUUGAGCACGGAGCCGUCGUUUCCGGGGGCAAUUCAGAUGCAAUCACUGGAGUGGUCCAUAGUUAAUUAGUCUGUUUUUGUGCCAGUGGUUCUCUCCUAGUCAUUCACUUGUGUGUUCGAUCAUGGUUUCUGGUAUGGUGAGAUCAUCCUGCGUUAGUGCCACUCUAUCUGUUCCAAGCUGGUGACAACUUAAGGUCACUGGAUAUUCGCAGAGUGGCAAAGCUCCACAGCUGCCAAUUCCUGAUAUGCGACGAUACCAGAGUACGACUGGGUUUCAAAAUAAGAGCUGCAUAUUUGACAUCUUAAUACCUUGUGAAGGAGGUUGUAGCUGAUGGGACGAACUUCAAAUGGAUCCUCAUGGAAACCUUAAAGAAGCAGUCGGCAAUUCAUGAAGAGAUUUUAUUUCUUUGAAUGUCAGCUCAUGACUGGUCACAAUAAUGUGCAUCCUGAAAAGGCUGUCUCUUCAUGAAAUACUGCUUGGCACUCUGAGGGUUUCAAGAUCUCGGCGCCAUAUUGCAUAUGUACUGUUCGCAAACAUUGCAUAUGCUGCAGAAUCAAUCUGAACAUGCUCCAUGUGGCUGCGAGGUAAAGAAAUUUUACUCCAAGAUCUGUUUUCCUAGUGGUUGGUUUGAGCAAGUGAAACUACACAUACAGUCGACGGUCAUUAAUUCAAACUAACAUGCAGGUCCCAUCCUAUGCGUCUCUAUGGGAGGAAACUCCCAGUAAUUCAAACUUUGCUUUAUUCAAACAAAGUUUUGUCUCUUUUGAGUUUGAAUUAACGAGAUUCGACUGUAGUGAAAAUCACUCUGUUAAACAAAUAGAACAAAUGUUUUUUUGUUUUUUUUUCAUACUUUGUUUGUUUGAGUACUGCACUGAUGAAGUGCUUUGGGAAUGAUUCAAUAGCAUACAGGAAAGAAAUUUGCAACACCCCCCCCCCCCCCCCCCCGUACACACACACACACACACACACAAAACUUUCCUAAUUUCAACAGAACACUAGAGGUGCCAUCACAGAGGCCAAGUUAUCAAAGCUGGCAGUAACGGUCAAUCAAAAACAGUCAAAUCUCGAAACGCCAUAUACAACUAUAAUUAUCAGUUCUUCAUAGUGCCCAUACUUGUGUUCACAUCAAAAUCAGCAUCAGUGAGCAAGCUCAGCUAAGUGUCGGUAUGCCUGUGGAGCACUCGUAUGCAAGCGACCAAUCACAUUGCUUUGCUCUGAAUGGGUGCAUUGUUUUUAGAAGGGAAGGUGUGUCGCCCUCAGGCUCCCCGUCCUAGGGAGGUCCUGAACCAGUGUUAUUCUGGCAUUGAGCACAUGAGAUGAGUUAAGAGCAUCACAAGGUGUCACCUGGUGCGCAACUAGUGCAGACAGUGCUUUGGCAGGGAGGUUAUAUGUGCACAUAAAGGACGCUGCCCGUGCGAUAGUUAUGUGGAACCAGUUGCAACGUUCUUGUCCAGGACCGGACAUCCUUGUAACAUUUAGAUAACAUUGGAACUCUUCUGUUUGCUUUAAAGAGGCCUUUCCCUUUAAUUUGCUCUCAAUCUCCUCGUACAAUGGACCGUCACUAAUGCCAUGAGCCAUCGGGGCUAAUUCAUAGUGCAGAGCAUGUCACGUCACCUUCCAAUUCGGUGGGCAUGAUUUCGCGUGGCACGCGUGGAGGACCGUAUCGGCAAACGUGGCUGGUAACAUCCGUUACAACAUUUCGUAAGGUGAACCUUAGUAUAAGUCACAGAAGCAAAAACAAAGAAUGGUCUUUCCUUAAAAAUUGGUGGAAUGUGCUUCUGAGAUUCCUUUGGCAAAGUGAGAGUUUUUUGCGACUUGUUUUUUUACGCUUUUGCAUAUCUUCUUGGAGAUUUGUGGGGAAGUCUUGCUUCUUGGGACUCGACAGAUUUCAAUGACUCCGAGACCUCAAAUGUGUAAUAAAAAUGAUUAAAUUUUGGUUCUGCUCUCACGCCGUUUAUGCUCAAAGCGUGGUUGCCAAGACGAUCCGUGAAGCAUUGGAGUGUGUGCAGGGUGCAAUUGACACCACUGUUCUGUGCACAAUGUCUGACUUGCGCAUUCCUAUAUUUCAUCUUUAUGAUUGUGUUUUCAGCCAUGCAACUGCUAAAUAACUGCUGGGGGACUUUCUUCUAUUGCUUUUUUUUAAUUAAUGCUAAAAAUUUUCCACCGAGAUGGUCUUGUACAUCUUUUGUUUGUUGACCAUUUCUGCUACUUUCUGCCAGGAGUGGCGGGCCUCUACACGGGACAUUCUGUCUUUUAAUUGCCUUUCUGCUGUCUUUUUUCUCGCCACAGUAACCAACAGAUUUGGUAUGUACCUGAUAUGAGAACGCUUGAAACUGUCAUCACUCUUGUGUCACACAAUUAGCCAUAUUUCUCAUUACUCACAGCUGUAUCGAUAGAUGUCAUAUAUACUACCGUCGGAUCGUUUUCUUUCUCUACGGACACAAACUUGUGCUGUACAUAUCUGUGUGCUUCGGUACGUUUUGGGAAAACGUGAAUGGCCUUGCCGUUCGUCUUUCGUUGGCACAUUUGAGCGUGGUCGGAUCGUAGACACGUGGACUUUCUUACUUUCCUACAAUGUACUCUACAAUGUCGCUAGUGUAUUGCCGCUGCUCGGAGCCAAACUCUGCGAGUGUUUCAAGUGGCGUGUCCAUUAGUGUGCUUGCUCUCCUGAGCGGAAUUGUAGACACGUGCAAUUAUUGUGACGUCAUUUACAGUGAUGCUUUGUGACAACUAUUUAUAUGAUGGAGUCGGUCUUGUCUAGUCCAAGGGACAUGGUGAUGUGAAAGUCAGAGCCUCUGCACUGACUUCAAUGUGUCUUCUGCUACUGUGUGUUGUAUUUUUGUAUCAUAUUUUAGCAAUACAUUGCAUUCCAGUUGA